AUGCGUCUUCUACAGCAAGGUUCAGAUGGUGAAGAGCUGCUCCGCAUUUUGAAGCAGAUGUUGCCUGCGCUGGCCAGCGAGGAAGACUUUCAGCAGCUCCGGGAGCCUUGCCAGCUGCUCCUGGCGGCUUCGCGCUGCCUCAGCGAGGAGGAUCCGGAGGAGACCGCCAACCUCGCUCUGGAGACGCUUCGCUUGAAGCCUUCCGCCGUGUCAGCGGAUGAGCUCAGAGCGCUUGGCAUCGCGCUCGGGGACACGAAGCCACUGGAUUACUUUGGCGUGGAGCUCUACCGGAGUGGAGUUCAGCGCAUUCUGGAGUGUUUCAGCGCCUGGACAGGUGAUUCUGCCUUCGAGAAAAUGCAGCCGGACAUCAAAGCGGCACUGACAGUGCUGGAAACUUCAGCAGCACCGUGUUAUGACAGUGGCACCCCGUUUUGGGAAAGCAAGUUUGGCUCGUCUGCCUGUCCCCAUGCAAGCUGCAUUCAAGAACUGCGCCGUCACAUCGGCCAAAGCUUCCUGGAGCGCCGUUUUGCAAGGCUGCGCAGCGGGUCCUUGGAUGCCGGCAGUCCGGGAGACACGGCGAAGGAGCAAACAUGGAACCGGCUCUUCGACGAAGUUGACACUGACAAGAACGGAGUCAUAUCGAUGGACGAGUGGUGGAAGGCACUGGAGGAUGAUUGCAACCGUGAGCUUCGGGUACUUUUUCAGUUCGAGAAUAUCAAGAUGAAGAAGCUUCUUCGAAAACUGUUUAAGUCCUCUGUCCAUGAAGAAGCAGAGAGCUCCGUGUCCCGAGACGAGUUUGUGCUGGCAUGCAGGAUGGCAGAGCGGGAUGAGCUUCUGUGGCACUUCGUGCACAUGGUUGCAGGUCAUGACAUGGAAAGCGCAGACUGCAGGUCCGGAUCAAUGACUGAAAAUGGUGUCGCCGCCAUCCUUCGGUGGAACAGAAGCAACAUUGAGGAAGGCUUGCGGAAGGAGCACCGCAUAUUUCAAAGCUAUUCUGGUCACUUGGGCAUCUGGCAGAGGCUGGCUGCGAGCCCACUGGAGGCCUGGCGCGAACACUGUGAAAGCAUCUGCAAGCCCCUCGAGGAGAUUAGGAAGGACAUUAGCAAGGCGAAGUUGGGCCAAGACUUUGUCUAUCUGGGUUCCGGCUGCGAUGAGAUUGACAAGGUGCUGACAGGUUCGUUUUCUGAGCAGCUCUUCGUAAAAGUGGCCUUCAACACCAGCAAAAGUCGACAAGAUGUGUCAAUUUUCUGCCAGCUUAUUCUCCUACAAUGCCACGUCCUAGAGGCGGUUUGGGAAUCCUUGUUCCCGACGAGCUGCAGUGAGGCCAGCCUCGAAAUCGUGGAGCAGUGCCCGGAGCUAUGGCUGGGAAUUGACUACAUUUUCAGCGAUGACGGGCGCUGCGCCUUCUUCUCGCGGCAGGGCUUCGAGAAAUGGAGAAAGUCGGACAAGUGGAGAGAAAUCUGGGACAGAGAGUCCGAGCCACAUCAGAAGACUGACGAGGGAACUUUCCCGAACAACGCUCACGAACAAGUGCGCCGAGAAAGCAGUACAACCGGAAGCAGAGUGGAAGCUCCGGAAUCGGCUGUACUCGAGGCAAAACAUUUUUACGACCACCAGGUGGAGCUUGACCGCCAGCUGGACUGCACCUCGCGAUCGGGAAGCCACCGAACCGACUGCCACGCUGGCAGUGUCGUCGAGCAGCCCGAGAACGGAUUUGCCGAUCGGCUCUCGGAAAAUCUUGAGCCUGCCUCUUCGGCGUCAAGCGGAAACGAGAAGCUGCAGGUACACCAGCCCUUCACGCCGACAUACAUGCCGGAUCAGCAGGUAUGCCGGACAGUUUACCCUGGCAUGUACCCCAUCAAUCUGUUCACUCCGGCAGCUGAGCAGGCGCACAUCCGCACAGACUCGAUGCAAGCGCCCCCGCUGGACGCCAGCAGCUAUUUGCAGACGGAAGCUGCUCUCUAUCUCUACUGCGAAGUGCUGGACAAACGCGGCCUUCUCGCGACGACUCCGGAAGGACCUUGCCAAGACUUUCAAGACAUGUUGUCUGCCUUCACCGGCUAUGACGCGAAAGACAUUCAUGUGCAGGCAAUGGGUUUCAUCCGGGAUGAAGUCGAGGCCGUGAUGCUGAAGGCAGAGAUUCGCCCAGCGGAGACGACGAUUCAAAAACUGCGUGCGGUGCAGCAGAGAUUGCUUUCGAUCAAGACAGCUUGCAGCUCCAGGGAAUUCUUCGACAAGUUCCCUGCCAACGGCGGCAUCCAAGUGGGCACCACAUGCUGCGACAACCUGGGGGGGCCGGCGUCGACGUCGCUGGCGGGGUGUUGCAGCUGCUCGUACCUCACGGCCCACAUGGACAUCCAGGAGUUUGCUGCAGACACGGGCUGCAUGUACUCUGACUGUGUCCACGAGGUCUUGGCCCAUCUGUCAGAUCUGGGACUGAUAGAUCAAGUGCAGGUGCUGCAAGGCAUCUCUGGUAUCCGGCGCCUUCACUUCCGCCUUCGUCCAAGAGAGGCACCGACACUGGAGGACCUGCGAACGCUCCAAGCCGAUCUCGUUGAGUUCCUCGAAGCUCGCUCAGGUUCUUCGCCUCUGCCGGCCUUGCCGAACCUGCGUGGAAGCCCCCUGGUCGUUGACUCUGCCGUUUAUCAUCUUCCAUCGGGACCCACCGCACGUGGCAAGUCCACCCUGCGCUGCCACCUGGAUAUCACGGAUGAGAGCGGUUGGCUCCAUCAGCAAGGAGGACACCGCUGCGCAUCAGAAUUCCUCUGCAUCCUGAAGAAGAUUGCGUCGCACUUCCACUUGACGAGUCUAGAAUUUCCAUGCGUGCAAAUGUGGAAGCUGAAGAGCAAAGAAUAUACCAUGGACUUCCAGGUGCUGACACCCUGUUCUACGGAAUCGCGUACAGUUCAGCAACUCCUAUGGGCUCUCCAUCAAAGAAGCCUUCAUGAAUGGGCAGCUGUCGAUGUGAGCGAUGCCGUCUUCAGGGGCGUGGCCGUGAAGCGACCUGCUCGAGUUUGCGCCCACACCGCCACUGCCGUCAUCGGCGAGCGCCACUCGUGGCAACUUCGUUCCAGCGAGGACCAUGACGGCUCCAUGGACUUCAUCAUCUGGGCGGAGCUCGAGGUGGUUGAUCGAUUCGGAGCCAUAAAGCGUAACGGCAGCACCCAUUUGGCGACCUUGCUGGCGGAUUGCCUUCACGUCGUCAUCGGCAUCGAGCCGGCCCGCUUAAGCAUCCUGAACGUUGCACCAAUGCCAAGGAGCGAGCUGCGCCAGAAGCCUGGCGCUGAGCCAGGGAUGCAGGCAGCGUUGGUGUACAGUGUGAAGCUGGAGAUCGAUUUCUCCAGCUGCGUGGCUGGUGAAGAAGACCUGCAGUCCAUCGUGGAAGGCACCAGCAGCCUUCAUAGCAGUGCUGUGCUGCACCGGUGGGGACAUUUGCCGUUUUUCAAGCAGUACUUCAUCAAUGGUUUCGUUGCACGCGAAAUCCAGACAUGCGAUCACAAUAAUGGCAAGAUGGAGCGCAAGCCGCUGCAUUAUGCUCGGAAAGCCCAGCCAAAGGUUGCAGCUCACCUCGACCUGUGCUGCAAGGUCGGCAGCUUCCACUGCUCACAUGGCCAUGGCUGGCCGAUGCACUUGGCAGAGAUGCUGUCGGAAGCCUUGCACCAGGCAUGUAGCAUAGCGAAGGAUGACAUCGUCAUCACAUGCGUCCAGCUUCGGACUUCAUGUCAGCAGCGAAGCGGACUGGUCUCGGGUUUCUUAGAAGCCAUGGAGAAGUUGGAGCUCGAAGCAAAGGUUGCAUCUGAUUCUGAUGAUGAGACAAGGGACACCAGUAGAGGAGGACUGUCGGAAAUCUUAUGUGAACCCCCCCUGGCUUCGUACACCGUGGAGAUGGAGGUGAUCUUGCAUGAUGCCCUCGACGCAAGCCAAGAGCUCCAGCGUGUGUCUACGUCACUUCGAAAGUUCCACAGCCAGGCGGUGAGGCGCAAGUUUGCCAUGCUGCCGUUUUUCCGAGAGUUUGAUUUCGACGUCGGGAUCCAGCUCUUCAGAUCCAGCAGCUGCCAUUUAGGCUCCAGCAACAAGCCGCUGGAAGAGCACAUGCGACCAUGCAGGAGGAUCAGAGUGAGCCCGUUGAUUCCUCAAUAUUCACCGGUGGUCCUGGCUGGUCCCUGUGUUCAGAGCCGAGUGGACAGCUUGGAAGACUUCAUAGUCUUCGAUGGGUACACCAACAUUAUUCAGCGUGGAAGAGCUCCGGCGGAGUACGGCCCGCCAGUGCCAGAGCCGCAGAUUCGAGCUUGGUUUCUGGAAGCCUUGGACUUCCAUCUGAAAGAAGAGAAUCUGGAGGUGUCCAGCGUCCCCGACACCAAUGGAACCUCCCUGGCCAUUCGACCACCGGACAGGGAACCUCUCCAGUUCGACGGACUCUGGUUUCGUGUGACUGGUGUACGGGCCCGGUCUGCACAGACCGAGAAGCUUCAACAGCGGGCACUGAAGCCUUCCGAGGCAGGAGCGGAGGCCGCCGGAGUCACUUCGGGAUUCCUGGCCUAUGCCAUUGACUUCGAGAUCAGGCGCCUGGGGCCUGGCUUGGGCGAUGACAGCUCUUCAGUGAGCGGGCGAUAUGUGGCACUUGCCGAACAGGUCAGGGCGGUGCUCCACGGCUGCCUGCUUCAUUUGCACCGCAUGCCAACCUUGAAAAAGAAGUUGAAGUUCUACCGUCACUUCGAAUUUGACCACGGCAUCCAGCUCGAUUUAAUCCGGCACCAGGAGUCAAGGAGCAUUGGAGUCUGUUCGCAGACCCACUGUGCGCCAUGCGAGGCUGGCCUCAGCACCGAUUCAACAAAGUUCAGCUCAACACCGAGGACCUUUACGGUUGGCGUGCGCUUCCACACGGCUGGCUGCACCUCACCACCCACAAAGCCUACAGUCUCUGCAGUGAAGAUCAGCAUGGCUGCCCUUCUCGGACUUGAGCACUGCCAGAUGGAAAUCGCAAGUGUUGAGAUGAAGGCCACCUGGUGCGAGGCAGAGCUCCAGAUCCGGACACUGACGCACGCACCGGCUGUUGCGGAGACAGAGGCCUUGGGUGCCAAGCUUGCAUCUCUGCACCAGAACGGCGUGUGCAGCAGCUCGUGUCAACAGCUUGGAAGCUGGAAGCCCGUAGCAGUAGUCGCACCGGCACUGGACGAGGACGCCCAGCCAGAGCUGGCAGUCGCAAUUCAGCUCCAGCUGUUGCCUCCAUCAAAUUCAGUAUGGCCGUUGGGUGAGCGGGAGCAGCAACAGCUGAAGGCGGAGCUACAGCGGAAGACGGGCUUCUCGCGGCAGUUGCACGUGACAAGCUUGAGGCAAUCGUCCAGCUGUGCCAUCGUGGACUUUGCCAUAAUGGGUCUGCGAAAAGAGCGGGCUGCCCUUCUCAAGGCCUUUUGGGCCGCAGUUGACCAGAGCACUCCAGUGAAUGAGCAUUGGUCCGGACGGGUGGUUGAUGUAAAGAUGGUCGAAGCAGCGCAGCUGCGGAGCGCUCGCCUGACAGGAUCCCUGCGAAGCUUUGCAAUUUCGGAGACAUCUGCGAUAAGUGCAACUCUGGGCCUGCGGGAGGCGAUCAAGGACUAUAUCCACCUGUGCCGAUCCGGUGACGCAGGUAGCCAGGAACGACAGGUCGGCUUGCUCAAGCACAUUUUGGAGAUGCUGAACAAGAUCGAAGCACCAGCGGGAAUUGCAAGUCCCUGUCCUGCGCAACAAAAGCAUCACCUGGCCAAGCACGGUGUUGCAGCAUCUCUCCUUCAGGCCUUCAGCUCCGUCCUGCUGGAGGUGGUCGAGCGUCACGGCACUCUGGCGAACCAGGAAGAGCAUGCCAUCAAACGGUACUUCCUCAGCCAGGACUGGCGCCCCGAGGAGAUGCGCUACGCUUUGCGGGCUCUGACAUGGGUACUUGCAUAUGACACGAAGGCAGAUACAGACUGCGCACAUGUUCGAUCCGUCUCUCGCAGCACCCUGCAGGCUGCGCUGUUGGACCGAGCCGCUGGGCUUGCAGAGGUCAUCAGAAUCUACCAGAGGUUUCUUGCGAGCUUGCAUGAGGAGGACCUCCUAUGUGGAAUCUAUCGGCCAUGCAGUGUGUUGCAAAACCUGCUGCUGGCCUUGCAGGGAAUCCAAUCGAAGCCAUGCAGUGCCACGCUGCAUGCCUGGCUCGCAGGCACCGACUUCCUGGAGCGCCUUGGACGCGUGCUGCAAGGUGGCAGGUACCGCAUGGCUUAUGGGCAUGCAGUUGCCCUCGUCUUCCAGGUGGCUACGCAGAUGACAUGCAAGGCGUAUAUUGCCAGGAUGGACUUAGAGCCGAAACACUCUGCAACAAUCUGCGAAAAUGUGAACAAGCUCAUGAAGGUCAUGCAGAUGUGGUCCGACAUCAAUCGGCCGAGUCCGAGCGGCACCUGGAGCAAAUCCUUGCAGGAAGCCAUGGACACCAGCCUUCCUGAGUUUGUGGACCUUUUGGAGCAGCUCCUGCCAGCAGCGCAUGCACCAAGCCCUGUUGACAAGUUGAAGGAGUGGACGCGGACUGAAUUGGACAACAUUAACGUCAUCCUGGGCUUGACGAGUUCACCUCCACCGAGACCCAUGCCGUCCUUCUGCAAGUGUGAGGUCUGA